UGGCUGGGGGAGCGGGGCGCACAGCGCGCGGGCGCGACACUGCCGGAGCGCCGGGGCGGUACCUGCAGCCCAGCGAUGAGAACCCGGGAGAAGCCACCCGAGCCGGUGGAGACGUCUGCGGCCGUGCUGGUUGCUGCUGCCACGGUUGCUUGAAACUCCCCAAAGUUGAGAGCCGGAGAGAGGCUGCCGCCCGCUGGGAGCCGGAGGGAAAGGAACUGGGAAGAUGUAAGAACGACAGACGGAGACAGACGGACGCACAGACCUUCAGAAGACACCAGGGUCGGCGGCCGAUCCCCAGAAUCCGUGAGGCUUCCUAGUUCUGUUUCCCGGUGGGUGGCUGAGCUGGUGGAGAGUCUUAGAGGCGACCAUAAUGUCUUUCCAUUUGCAUACGCUGCCCACCCUGCCUGGAGUUGUCAGACCUGGCUGCAGGGAGCUGCUGUGUUUGUUGGUGAUCACGGUGACUGUGAGCCAAAGUGCCUCCGGGCUGUGCCCCACCGCUUGCAUCUGUGCCACUGACAUCGUGAGCUGCACCAACAAAAACCUGUCCAAGGUGCCAGGAAACCUGUUCAAACUGAUUAAGAGACUGGACCUGAGUUAUAACAGAAUCGGGCUGCUGGAUUCUCAGUGGGUUCCGGUAUCAUUUGUAAAGCUUAACACCCUCAUCAUCCGUCAUAACAACAUCACCAGCAUUUCCGCAGGCAGUUUUUCCACAACUCCAAAUUUGAAGUGUCUUGACUUAUCAUCCAAUAAGCUGAAGACUGUGAAAAGUGCGGUGUUCCAAGAGCUGAAGGUUCUGGAAGUGCUCCUCCUUUACAACAAUCACAUUUCCUAUCUUGAUCCUUCAGCAUUUGGAGGGCUUUCCCAACUGCAAAAACUCUACUUAAGUGGAAACUUUCUCACACAGUUUCCCAUGGAUUUGUAUGUUGGAAGGUUCAAGCUGGCAGAACUGAUGUUUCUAGAUGUUUCUUACAAUCGGAUCCCUUCCCUGCCAUUGCAUCAUAUAAAUAUAGUGCCAGGCAAACAGCUGAGAGGCAUCUACCUCCAUGGAAACCCAUUUGUCUGUGACUGUUCCCUUUACUCCUUGCUGAUCUUUUGGUAUCGCAGGCACUUUAGCUCAGUGAUGGAUUUUAAGGAUGAUUACACCUGUCACCUGUGGUCUGACUCUAGGCACUCCCGUCAGGUACCUCUGCUCCACGACAGCUUUAUGAAUUGCUCUGACAGUAUCAUCAAUGGUUCCUUCCGUGCACUUGGCUUUAUUCAUGAGGCUCAAGUAGGGGAAAGGCUGAUAGUCCACUGUGACAGCAAGACUGGUAAUGCAAACACCAACUUCAUGUGGGUCAGUCCAGACAACAAACUGCUAGAGCCAAAUAAAGACAUAGAAAACUUUCAUGUGUUUCAAAAUGGAAGUCUGCUUAUAGACAAUCCUCGUUUUGAGGAUGCUGGAGUGUAUUCCUGCAUUGCCAUGAAUAGGCAGCGCCUGUUAAAUGAAACUGUGGAUAUCACAAUAAAUGUGAGCAAUUUCACUGUAAACAGAUCCCAUGCCCAUGAGGCAUUCAACACAGCUUUUACCACUCUUGCAGCCUGCGUGGCCAGUAUAAUUUUGGUACUUUUGUACCUCUAUCUGACACCGUGUCCCUGCAAGUGUAAAACCAAAAGACAAAAAAAUAUGCUAAACCAAAGCAGUGCCCAUUCAUCUGCUCUCAAUUCCGGCCCCAAGAGUGACACCUGCACUGAUGAAAGGAAGGCAGGCGCUGGGAAGAGAGUGGUGUUUCUCGAGCCCCUGAAGGAUGCUGCAGCAGGGCAGAAUGGCAAGGUCAGACUCUUUCCCAGCGAGCCGGUUCUUGCUGAGGGCAUCCUAAAGUCCACGCGGGUGAAAUCUGACUCAGAUUCAGUCAACUCAGUGUUUUCAGACACCCCCUUCGUGGCAUCCGCUUAAUUUUGUGCCUGUGUGUGUAUGAUGUAUUAAUUCAAUCUCUCUAUGUUUAUGUGUAGUCUGCAAAAUAAACAGCAGGACAGACAUUGUGUUUUGGUUUUGGAAAUACAACCAAAUGGUCUCUUUAAAUGGUUGAUAAGGAAAUGUGUUGAAACAUGUUGGUUCUGGGGGGUUCCAGAGAGAGAUGGGUUUGUUUUCCAAAGUUUAAAUUGUAGUAUUUUAUUCUUUAGCAACACUGAUCCUUUCAAAACUGGCCUGGAGGUGAUAUGCCUGCCAUUCUCCAUUUAUUUCGGAUUCUUGAAAGAAAAAAUAAAUUUCAUGUAUUAGCAUUCUUUAAAAAGAGACUUUACUUAGACCAAAGUUGUGUUAUGUUACAGAUAAACAUUAAUGUCUUAUUUCUUUUUGAAAGAUGUUGAAGGAUCAAGCAGCAAUUGUUUAUAAAGCACAAAGUAAAGUUAGAUUUGGAAAUUGUUCAGCAAAUGUCAUCAUUUCACACCAGAGUGAACAGACUGCGCUGAUAAAAUGUACUGGAUAAUGCCACCUCCCGUAUGGUGUUAAAUAAAUACUGCAAUAAAGGUAUAUUUGUUUGGCUGUCUUCACUAUGUAUAUUUCCUAUCCUUGUACAAAAGAUCUUAUGGGGAGUUUAAAGUCGUCAUUUUUUGUUGCCAUAAAUAUGUAGGUGUCAAUACCAAAAUGUCUGGGCUUCUUAAACUUUGGUUCUAGCAGACUAAUACUUGUUUCAUAUGUUUGUGUGUAUGUAAAUCUUAAAUUACAUGAACUAUGAAAUAGAUCCUAUUGUAUCGUACUUUGGACAAUGGAAUCAAUGUAAAUAUAUGUAUUGUGUGACUUGAUGUUCUGUUUGGCUAUUUAAAAACAUAAAUCUAAGAUGUUUUAUGUGAUUGUUUUCCUUUAUGUAAUGCACUUGCUAAGCAAGUAUCUCUCCAAAGUUCUUGGAGUUGCAAUGCACAGUUUAUCAUUUUUUAGAAGUAGAAAAGUUCUAAAGUGUUCUACACCAUUUACACCUUCUACAUCACAUUUUACUUUGACAUAAUUAUGUACUUCAAACAGGUUUGGAAGAUACUCAAACUGAUUUUGCAACAUAGGAGAGCCCAGCAGACUUGACUUGUACCUGCUGUGGGUAACUGAGUGCCCUGUCUGGACUGGGGCUUCCUUAGCUGUUAAAAUGGAGGCUUUAGACUAGCUGAUGUUUAAGGUUCACGUUCACACUGGAGGUGAUCAUUUCCUGGUAGUUUUUGCUCCAUCACAGACUUUUUCUGGCUUCCUGAAACCAUGUCGCCUCGUGACAGGAUUAGGAAGGGAAGAGGAUAGACGCUCCUUGCCCUGCAUAGCUCAAAGGGACAUUUUGGAUCAUCAAGCCUAACUCCUUCCCUUUCUCAGGGAGACAUGAAGCCAAGUUGCGGUUGUCUCUGGCCACAUCAGGAAGUAGUGACAGGGACAGAAGUCACUUCAGUUUCAGGAUUCCUCCAAUAGAAAUAAUAAAGCCAAAAGAUUGGUAACUUAUAACAGGGUGAGAGUGAGAAGGAGCCAAAUGAUGAGACAUAAGAGUGGUCGGAAAAAGGCAAAGGAGCUUUAGGGAUGUAUUGUCACUGGGGCUAAAAGAAGUAUUUUUAAAACUUGCAGUGGGCAAUAGCGGUAAAUAAAAGAGAAGUAGAUGAGGACAGGAGACCUAGCACUGACUUUGGCAAUGGUGAUUUCGGGGAAACAGUGGCCACUUGGUGAGAGUUCAGUGGGUGCCAAGCCAGGCUUCAGAGGCAGACACUGGUCACUAGGAGGUUGAGGAAUGAGUGAGUGGCCAGGAUGGAUCCCUGGAAAAUAGAUACAGAACCAGAGCUCAGUGGGGUUGAAAAUUCCUUAUUGC